AUGAAAGAAAGGAUUCCACGUGGCGGAUUUGAACUAAAACCUAGGCACGUUGGCUCUUACUUGGCUCAAAUUUAUUGGAGAACAAUUUUGCUGUUUAAUUUCACUCUAAAAGAAAGAGCGUGUAUUGCACGAAUAAACGAGACAAGGAGGAAUCCUCUCAGGUUAUCUCCCGAGAUGAAGACCAUUCAUUCUGACAUUGAAGAGCCAUCCGUUUCUAUGACAGAUAAAAUCAUCGCCGGAUGGUUUCAACUUGGUCGCUGGGAGAAAACACUGUUAAACGCGAUCGAGAAGAAAUUGCAUAUUGUCGAGGAGAAACUGUGCGAGAAUAUUGUUACCGAAAGAUUUAGGAUGGUUCGUUUGAGGAAUAUUAGGAAUCUUGGGUUACCAUUUGGAAAGCCUUUUCCUCUAGGCCGCUUUGGAUUUGAUGCUAUUAAUGUGAAUCCUAUUAAUGCGAAUCCUUUGAUUGAUAUGGUUCCUCAAGAAAUUGGUUCUUAUGAUACUUUCGUGACUAAUCCAUCCAACAACAAUAGGUCCGAUGUUGAGCGUACUACAUCGGCUUGGCAAUCUUGA